UACAUUCUCCGCCAUUUUGUAAGGGUAUAAGAAAUUCUACCAAGUCUAACACCCUGCUGCUCAAACCUGUAGUUUUCUGUUGUGCCAUGGACGGGCGGUUAGAGACUGAUUUGUAUCCUCUCGGAUCCAGUUACGUCACUGAACUAGACGGUGUCCAUGAUAUUGCAGUUGGCACAAAGAGGGGAUCUGACGCACUCUUUUCCUCCUGCAUAUCUAACGGACCAUAUAUCAUGACCUCAGGAGCAGCAAAUGGAAAUGACAGCAAGAAGUUUAAAGGGGACAUCCGUAGCCCAGGCAUUCCAUCACGUGUCAUCCACGUGCGUAAGCUUCCCAACGACAUCAAUGAGGCCGAGGUGAUCUCUUUGGGACUGCCCUUUGGCAAAGUAACCAACCUCCUGAUGCUCAAAGGGAAGAACCAGGCCUUUCUGGAAAUGAACACAGAAGAGUGUGCCCAGACGAUGGUCAGCUACUAUUCCUCAGUCACGCCAGUCAUCCGUAACCACCCCAUUUUCAUGCAGUACUCAAACCACAAGGAGCUGAAGACUGACAACUCACCAAACCAAGUGAGGGCGCAGGCGGCGUUGCAGGCAGUGAAUGCCGUGCAGACUGGCAGCAUGCCCAUGGGAGGAGUGAUGGACAACGCAGGCAGCCAGAGCCCGGUGCUCCGACUCAUCGUGGAGAACCUCUUCUACCCAGUCACCCUGGACGUGCUUCAUCAGAUCUUCUCCAAGUUUGGAACCGUUCUAAAGAUCAUCACUUUCACCAAAAACAACCAGUUUCAAGCACUGGUCCAGUACGCAGAUGGCAUGACUGCACAGCACGCCAAGAUGUCUUUAGACGGACAGAACAUCUACAAUGCCUGCUGCACAUUGCGCGUUAGCUUCUCCAAACUCACCAGCCUGAAUGUGAAAUACAACAAUGACAAGAGCCGUGACUACACCCGCCCAGACCUGCCCACUGGUGACAGCCAGCCGCCCAUGGACCACCAGGCCAUGGCAGCCGCUGCUUUCAGUGCACCUGGCCUUAUUUCCGCCUCUCCCUACGCCGGAGCUCAUGGCUUCCCACCUCAAUUUGCCCUCCAGCAGGCAGGUCUGUCCCUGUCCCCUGGAGCUCUAGCCCAGCUGGGGAUGUCUGGUGGUGCUGCUGCCGCCGCUGCUGCCGCUGGGCGUAUGGGCAUGGGUGGCAUGGGUCCCGGUGGUCACAGCGUCCUGCUGGUCAGCAACCUCAACCCUGAGCGUGUUACGCCCCAAUGCCUCUUUAUUCUUUUCGGUGUGUACGGUGAUGUCAUGAGGGUGAAGAUUCUGUUCAACAAGAAGGAGAAUGCCCUGGUGCAGAUGGCAGAUGCCACACAGGCUCAGCUGGCCAUGAGCCACCUGAACCAGCAGAAGAUGCAUGGGAAGCCCAUCCGUGUGACCCUGUCCAAGCACACCACCGUCCAGCUGCCCCGUGAGGGCCACGAGGACCAGGGCCUCACCAAGGACUACGGCAAUUCCCCGCUGCACCGCUUCAAGAAGCCCGGCUCCAAGAACUACUCCAACAUCUUCCCUCCCUCCUCCACCCUGCACCUCUCCAACAUCCCACCAUCGGUGGUUGAGGAGGACCUUAGAGGGUUGUUUGUUAGCGCGGGCUACAUGGUCAAGGCCUUCAAGUUCUUCCAGAAGGACCGCAAGAUGGCUCUGAUCCAGAUGGGCUUGGUGGAUGAGGCCAUCGAGGCCCUCAUCGAGUUCCAUAACCACGACCUUGGCGAGAACCACCACCUCAGAGUCUCCUUCUCCAAGUCCACCAUCUAAGUAGGGCGCAGAAGAAGGGGUUGGUGCAACAGAGCAGAGAGGGCAUGGACUGUCACUUUAGACCAAACUAUAUAUAAAAACAAAAAAAAGAAGCCUUACACAAUUUAUAUUGCUGUGGAUCGAUCUUUUGUUUUCCACAAGACACACUUCAUCAUUCCUUUUUAUUAAAAAAUAUAUCUAUCUAUAUAUGUACGUAUAUUUAAAAUGCCACUUUGAACCAAUAGACCAGAGGAAGUGAGAGGCCCAAUGUUUUCUGUGGGUUUUUUUGAUCAUAGUGCUUUUCCUUUUCUUGGGACUGGUAGUGCUCUAUAGAUCUGGUGUUCCCGUAGUCUUCUAGCUACACCAGUGAUGUUAGAUGCUGCAUAGUUUACACUCUGUGCCUCUGGGGGAACCCACACACACACUCUCUUUCAGGUUGCACACAUCUUGUCAUUCUGUAUUCUUGUAGCCUAGAAUAUAUCUUUCUUUUCUCCCUUUCAAUCCUCUGGGAGCCAGUACAUACCACUAGGCGUUGGGUAUUUGCACAAUGCUUCCUCCAUUUUUUGCUGAAGAACACUGCCUUAUUUGGCAGGGCUCUCUUUGGAGUUUAAAGAAUGUUGUGCAGUCACUGACAGCUCCUUCAUAUACAUUACUGGAUUUGUAUGGUUUUUGUCAGUCUCUGCUGCAUUCUUUUUAGCCGUGCCGUGUAUGCUGUUCAGGUUCAGCACUGUGACGGCCAGUGUCAAGGUGUUCAAAAUGGUUGGGUUUUACAGCUUUAUCUUUUAUCUGUUAAAAGUAAAGCCUGGGAACAUCAAACCUGAAUCCACCAUGGUAAACCCGAAGAGAGUCUACUUUGUGCCCUAGCUUUUCAUAAGAUGGCCUUUUCCCCCCUUUCUGGUUAAUCGAAUAAUAUGUAGACUAGCCCAUAUACUGGCUUCCUUUCAUAUUCUUGUAUUGAAGUAUAUCCCUUUAGAAAUAUAUAUUGAAUGAAUUUAGUUUUAUUCUUUCCAGAGGUGCACAUGUAUGUUUCUGUAAAAUGUCUAUACUGUAUUAGAUUGCAAGGGCUCACUGUUCCACUGUGCCUUUUGACAUCUAGAAUCACUUUUACGGUCACUUCUGGAGUUUCCCUCUGUGUAUGCCUUUAUACUUAAUUUUGAUUGCCUGUGAUUUUUGGUUUAAUCAGUCUAUCUCUAUUUUCCUUUUUCUUCGUAUGUAUCCCUGUAUCAGUUAUGAUACACAGCUCAGAGCCAAAUGAGUUCCAUUACAUUCUUCACUGCUUCCUUCUAGCAGAUUAGACCUGUCCCAUUUGCCUUAACUUAAGGCAGAAUUCCUUUUCAUCUUGUUUUGUUCCUUGUGUUACAGACACAGUGCAGAGUACUUAUUAAGAUGAUAAUGAUAUUAGUGAAUGUUUACAUGUUUUCCAUUUGGCCUUAAUUCCUGGCAACAAAUGCCUUGGACUUCAUGCUUGAGUGAAAACUCAGAUACAACCACAAAAGUCUUAAAUAGUGGGGUUUGUUUGUUUUUAUUUGUUUUCCUUACUUUGACCAACAUAAUUGAUCACUCAUGUCUUAAAACUUGAUCUGAGUUUUGUAAGAUGUUGUGCCUGAAGAUAGAAGCUUUUGGCACAAGAGGCUUCACAGUGCUCAUAGUCUUCAAACCUUUCAUUGCUUAUCUACUCAAUGAUGUUAAUGAGACAUUCCUGUUGUGCCUUCAGUGUAAAAGGUCAUUGAACCUGGUCCAUUAUCAUAGAUUUUGUUUCCUUUUUUCCCCCCUUUCUAUGCCCCAUGUAUUUUUAAAUUUGGUUCAAUGUUGCUAGGGCAACAGUAUGGUUAACAUGUGUUAUGAGGUGAUGGAAGGAGCUAAUGUAAGACUGGCUGCUUCCCUCUUCUAGGACCUGCCAUUUAACAAAAGUGAAUCAUUUUACUUUUCACUCUGUUUUUUCUAGGCCUAACGGUUACUUUUUUUUUUUUUUUUACCAAACAGCCUAAAUGACAAGUCCAGAUGUUUCCAGGCCUUUUUUUGAUAUUGUAGUUUUAUUUACCAUUCCAUUUGUGUUUUUCCCUAACUUUCUCACAUUGUAUGAUGGAUGGGAAAUAUGGCUGUAUAUAUUAUUUCUGUUCUUUAAAUGGCCAUUCUGAACCUACCAGUUUUUUUUGUUUGUUUGUUUUUUUUCUCAGAACAUGUAUAUUUUGAUGACGAAAGCAACAGAUGACAGCUCAUUGUAGAGCAUUUCUUAUUUUUUAUAUCACACAAAAAGAAAUUAAAGUGGUUUCAACACAGUGUGUUUAGUAAGUGCCCCUUUUCGAAAAAUAGAACCCUUUGUUAUAGCAUAUACCUCUCUGCCUUCAAUAAAUCUUUCAUUUAUUUCUUCUUUCA